AUGCAGCGAGCACACACGACCGAGAGCUUGCGCACGCCCGGGGCCAGCAUCUCGACGCUGAAUCUGAAUAAGCUCCCACGGCCGGGAAUUGAGCGGGCGCCCACAUCGACCAACCUCACACGGCCACUCCCGAUUCAGCGCCUCGAGGGCAAGGUGGUGAUGAUUACGGGCGGAGGCGGCAAAGUGGGCGUCGAGUCGGCCGGACGACUCCUCAUUGAAGGCUGCAAUGUCGCCCUCAUCGACAUUGACCAGAACGCGCUCGAGGCGGCGGUGCCCGUCCUAAAGGCGGCGAUACCAACCGGCAGCCCAAUAGAGUCGCGGCUGCUCACCAUCGUCGCCGAUGCAACAAAAGAGGCGGAUGUCGAGGCAUGCGCGAAAAAGGUGGUGCAGCGCUUCGAGCGGCUCGAUGCGGCCCUGCUAAACUGCUGCCACCGCGGCGAGUCCAAGAGCAUCUUUGACGUGACCGAGCAUGACUUUGACAAGAUCAUGACCAUCAACGCAAAGUCGGCCUUCCUGGGCGUCAAAUACGCUGCUGCUGCCAUGCAAACCACAUCCUCCCCGCAGCACGGCGGCUCCAUAAUCAUCCGCUCCUCCAUUGCCGGCCUCCGCGGCUUCCCUAACCUCAUUGCCUACAGCAGCGCCAAGUUUGCACUCCGCGGCAUUGCCCUAACCGCCGCCGAGGAACUGGGCCAGUACGGCAUCCGUGUCAACACCAUUCACACCAGCAUCAUCCAGACAUCCGGCUACAAGGACGGCUGGACCAAGGAGCGCCUGGCCGAGCUCAAGGAGGAAACUGCUUUGGAGCGUUUCAGCAGCCCGGACGAUGUGGCUAGCGUCGUGGCCUUUUUGGUGAGCGAGGAUAGCAAGUUCAUGACUGGGGGACACUUGAAGAUUGAUGGUGGCUGUGUGGCUGUUUAG